AUCUCUCUAGGCAUUAAUGCAAUUAAUGAUUUUAAUAAUCUUGGAUCAAUUACACUUCCUUCAUCAUUGCUGAUAAAUUUACCCUCUGAAGAGUUGGACUUGGCUUCUAGAAUUAUAUUCAACUUCUUUAAAAAGACCACUGUGUUCCAGGAUCUGUCCUUGAAGAAUGCAUCUUUAAUCAGCAAUGUUAUAUCAUCAAGUGUUGCUAACCUUACCAUUAGCAACUUAAAGGCAAAUGUUACUGUCACGUUACAGAAUAUCAAACCUAAUCAGGAUAAUUCAACAGUUAGAUGUGUUUUUUGGGACUUUAAUAAAAAUGGUGGACAUGGAGGCUGGUCAUAUGAAGGUUGCAUAGUUAAAGAAAGUAGAGUAAAUGAAACAGUCUGUUCGUGCAACCACCUCACAAGCUUUGCAGUUUUGAUGAACUUGUAUGGAAAUACUCCUUUGAAUCCCACACAAGAAUUGGUACUGACUUUUAUAUCCUAUAUAGGCUGUGGCCUCUCUGCAAUUUUUCUUUCUAUUACUCUUGUGACCUACAUAGCCUUUGAGAAAAUCCGGAGAGACUACCCCUCCAAAAUCCUUAUUCAGCUGUGUGCUGCAUUACUUCUACUCAACUUAGUUUUCCUCCUUGACUCAUGGAUAGCACUGUAUAAUACACGAGGCCUAUGCAUUGCAGUUGCAGUAUUUCUUCACUAUUUCCUCUUGGUUUCCUUCACCUGGAUGGGCCUAGAAGCUUUCCACAUGUAUCUGGCCCUUGUGAAAGUCUUUAAUACCUAUGUACGGAAAUACAUUCUUAAAUUUUGUCUUGUUGGUUGGGGGUUACCAGCAGUAGUUGUGUCCAUUGUGUUGGCAGUAUCACCAGAUAAUUAUGGACUUAUAACCACUGGAAAGAUUUCAGUAAACAGACCUGAUGAAUUCUGCUGGAUUAAAAACAGAAUUGUCUUCUAUAUUACUGCUGUGGGAUACUUUUGCCUGAUAUUCCUGAUCAAUAUCAGCAUGUUCAUUGUUGUGCUGAUCCAGCUCUGUCGUAUCAAAAAGAAAAAACAACUUGGUGCUCAAAGAAAAACCAGUAUUCAAGACCUUAGGAGUGUUGCUGGCCUCACAUUCUUGUUGGGAAUUACUUGGGGAUUUGCUUUCUUCACAGUAAAUGAGGUGUUUACUUACCUCUUUACCAUUUUCAACACUUUGCAAGGUAAGUUUAUCCUUCAU